UGAAGUAUAAAAAUGCUAAAGAAACAGAGAUUCCUAUUUCUUCUCCUCAAUAACAGAGUCUUGUACAUUUUUCAUCUGACAGAAUUUUAAUUACAUUGAAAAUGAUGGAUCAUUAUCUUUGCAAACGUUGUGGUAAAACAGUGACACACGAUGAGAAUCACUCUUGCUUCCUUCGCAAGAAAUUUGAUUACAGGCAUUCACAACAACGGCCAGUAGAAUCAUAUAAAAACUGUGAUGAAGUAAAAGACAAAUCUACGCAGAAUACGAAUGACGAUUCCCGGUGUUUAAGUCGAGCUUCAAGAAAAAACGGAAGUACAAAAUAUGAAUUAAUAAAUUUGUCUUUGUUUCAAAAUAAUGAAAAAGAAAAACGUCUUUCUUCAGUGGAAAACCCUGGUAAGACUCUUUCAGAGAAUUUCGGUAAUGAACAACUAAGGAGUUCUUGUGACAGUUCAUAUUUUAAUUCCAUUUCAAAUGUUCGGGCGAUUGAAGUCCAAACUAAUGGAAAUGCAUCAUUGACUGCUUCUUCAGAAAAUGUUGAAUCCGGAAACAGACCUGAAAACGACCAACGCGAAACUGAUGAAAAAAUGAUAGUUGUCAUCGGAGCAGGUGGUGUUGACUUACAAAAGCAAAGAGUAUCAGGUGUAUCAGACUUGAUCUAUGCAACAUCUGAUGAAGAAUGUAAAAUGUCACUUGAAAAUAGCAAAUGGAAGACUUUGAAUAAAGAUAAAAGGGGUUUUAUGGAUUCUAUAAAAUGUGUUAUCAUAAAUAAUCUUUCAGAUUAUAAUAAAAUUUCUGGAAUUGCGAAUUCGACUGUGAAUCCUGAUUUGCCACCAGGGUGUAACGAGUCAAAAAAUGGCAAAAGACAAGUGACAGAGGAUAUCAAUGAUGAAAAUAUUACGCUACAAAUGCAUUCUCAGGACAUCAUUAAGAACGAGAAAAUGUCUAUCGACGAGAAGGAACCUAUUUCUUCCAAGGAAGAAGACAACGCCGUGCCUGGACCUUCCGGAGUCUGUCCUCGUAAAAAGAAAUUCCCUAAGAUCUGCAGUAUUAAAGAUACUCUUAAAACGCAUCAUCGAACGCGCACUAGCGACAAGCCCUUCAUGUGCAAUGUAUGUAAGAAAAAAUUCUCUUGUAAAUCACAUCGCAAAGCACAUUUUCUCACCCACACCGGCGAAAGACCUUUCGUGUGCGACUUCUGUGAAAAAGGUUUUUCUCAAAAGGGUGAUCUCAAGAAACAUGUUAGGACCCACACCGGUGACAAACCUUUCGUUUGUGAUUUUUGUAAAAAGAGUUUCCCUCGAAAGGAUCAUCUUAUUAUACAUAUUCGGACCCAUACUGGCGAAAAGCCUUAUAAAUGCCCAAUUUGUGGAACGGCUUUCACGACCAGCAGCGGUUGUAACAGGCAUCGGAGGAGAAGGCAUAAAGUACUGACUUACGGUGAGCAUCAUCCUUGUGUAUUUUAUAAGAAUGAUGACAACGUGUAUUCACUGCCAAUGACAGGAAGUUCAGAUGAAGAUAAUGAAGAAGACAAAGACAAAUGUACAGAAAAUUCGAAUGAGAAUUCUUUGUAUUUAAGUCAGUCUUUCCAACAAAAGGAAAAUAAAGAAUUUGAGCUGAUUAAUUUAUCGCUGUAUCAACAUAAUGAAGAAUUUAAGCCGCUUCCUACAAAAGUAAACAAGUCCAGGAUUUCUGCAGAGUGCUCCGACAAUGCACAACUAAGUGAUCCUUGUGAUAUUUCUUAUUUUUAUCGCAUUUCAGAUGCUCAGGGGACGGAAGUGCAAGGCAAAGAAAACACAUCUUUUACAGCUUCUUCAGAAAACAUUGAAUCUGCUCAUAGACCUGAAAUCGUCCAUCGUGAAGCUUAUGAAGAGACGACAGUUUCAGCCGGGUCAAGUGGUUUUCAGAUACAAAAUCAAAGUGCAUCAGGUGUAUCAGACCUGCUCUAUGCAACAACUGAUGAAGAAUAUAAAACUUCUCUUGAAAAUAGCAAAUGGCAAACUUUGAAUUACGAUAAAAAAAAAUUUAUUGAUUCUCUAGAAUGUGUCGUCAAAACAGGUCAUUCAGAAAGUAAAAGUAUUUCUGGAAAUGAAAAUUUGAUUUUGAAGAAUGUCUCAGAGUGUUUAAAUCAUAAAAAUAUUUCACCUGAAAUGCAUUCUCAAGGUCACAAUAAUAAGAAGAAAUGGAGUACCGACUUGAAGGAACCUAUCUCUACCAAGGAGGAUGACAAUGCUGUAGCUGGUCCUUCCGGAUUCUGUUCUGGUAAGAAGAAAUUUCCUAAGAACUCUUGUAAGAAAGAUACUCCUAAAACGAAUUAUCGAACACGCACUAGCGAGAAGCGCGAUAUAUGCAAGAAGCAGUUCUCUCAAAAAUCAGGUCUCAACCUACAUUACAUAACCCACACGGGCAAAACGCCUUAUGCAUGUGAUGUAUGCGGAAAAGAAUUUACUCAAAAAACAGAUCGCGACAGACAUCAUCGAACCCAUACCGGUGAGAGACCUUUUGUGUGCUACUUCUGCAAUAAAGGUUUUGCUCGAAAGUGUAAUCUUAAGAAUCAUGUUAGGACUCAUACUGGCGAAAAGCCUUUUGUAUGUGAUGUUUGUAAUGAAGCUUUCGCUCGAAACGGUACUCUUAAAACACAUGCUCGUACCCACACUGGAGAAAAGCCUUUUGUAUGUGAUGUUUGUAAUGAAGCUUUCGCUCAAAAGGGUACUCUUAAAACACAUGCUCGUACCCACACUGGAGAAAAACCUUACAAGUGUCCAUUUUGUGGAAAAGCUUUCACGACCAGCAGCAAUUGUAAUUUCCAUCAGAGGAGCGCGCAUAAGUGAAAUCAACUUGUAAACUACCGAAAUAAUUCUUUUAAUCUUGUAUGGAACUAUUUUACAUUCUUAGCCGAAUUUAAACAAUUUUAAUAUGUGAGGACACACGGGGGAGAAAAACCUUAUUAAUGUCCAGAUUGUGAAAUGACAUUCGCGCACAACAGCGAUUGUAAAAAGCAUCACAGAAGAAAGCACGGGUGAAAGUAAUCAGCAAAUUACAGAAAUAAUUAUUUUACACUUCCACGAAAUUUUUUUUUACAUUCUUUAUCGAAAUUUUAUAGAAUUAAGGAAUUUUAAGUGAAAGUUGUUAUAAUUUUAUUUUUAAAUUUACUGUAUGAAUUUUAUUCCUUUG